AGAGGGGCCGUCACCGCCAACAAGGAGGUGGAGGGCCCGCGAGCCCGGUGUUGGAGACACUGCCGCCAUCCUUUUCUCCUGGACUGCUGUCCUCCUAGACACGCUCGUCGCCUAAGGAUCCUCCCCUCCCAGCUCUUGCAAACCCCGAACUCGUCGCCUGCUGAUUCUCUUUCACCACAAGUUCACAGAGGAGGCAGCAGUGAGGUGUCCGAUUUGGACACGUGAGUCCUGCGAUCCCCGGAAUUGGGGAGCCUCAUCCUCCCCCUGCAGGUAUGAAGACCCCUCACAAAAAGGCAGCUGCAGGGCAGCAAACCAGGGAAAUUGUCGAUGGCCACAACAGGCCUGCAAGUAUGAGGAAGAAAAAGACUUCUCAAAAGAAGCAGAGAGGUAGACCUUCCUCCCAGCCCCACAGGAACAUCGUGGGCUGCAGAAUUUCACACGGAUGGAAGGAAGGCAAUGAGAGCGUCACCCAGUGGAAAGGAACCGUUCUGGAUCAGGUGCCUAUAAAUCCUUCUCUUUAUCUGGUGAAAUAUGAUGGAAUUGACUGUGUCUAUGGACUGGAACUUCACAGAGAUGAAAGGAUUUUAAAGCUUAAAAUCCUUCCUGAUAAGGUACCAUUUUCUCGAGUCAGAGAUGUUCACCUUGCAAACACCAUAAUUGGUAAAGCUGUGGAACAUAUGUUUCAGGGUGAGCAUGGCUCUAAGGAUGGAUGGAGGGGGAUGGUCUUAGCCCAAGCACCCAUCAUGAAAGCCUGGUUUUAUAUUACCUAUGAGAAAGAUCCUGUCUUGUACAUGUACCAGCUUUUAGAUGAGUAUGAAGAAGGAGACCUCUGUAUCAUGCCAGAGUCCAGUGACUCUUCUCCAAAAGAGAGGGAGUCAGAAGGAGUUAUAGAUGACCUCAUAGGUAAACAUGUAGAAUAUACCAAAGAAGAUGGCUCCAAAAGGACAGGCAAAGUCAUUCACCAAGUUAAAGCCAAGCCUUCUGUUUAUUUCAUCAAGUUUGAUGAUGAUUUCCAUAUCUAUGUGUAUGAUUUGGUGAAAAAGUCUUAACUGUUAGGGUAAACUUUAUCACACGUGUGAAGACAAAUGUAUGAUUUGGAGACACACAGAAAAUAUUACUUUUCAGUGUACUGAAAGCAUAGGGGUCCCUAAUAACCCAUCAUCUUUGCCAGCAUAACUGUUGUUUUGUCCUGAAAAAUACAAAUUUAUGUGGCCAUG